AUGAAGCAUGGAACGUACUAUUGCUGUGACCAUUCGAUUGAGCGUUUAACCUUUGGAAAGUGAUUUGUUGUAACGAUGGAUUCUAUAAAGUGUUGCAUGGUUCUCGUUGUCGUUCUUGGAUGCACUGUGUCAUCCAUCAGCGCCGAUCCGGAUUGUGAGAAUUUGAAAGACCGGCGUGAUGAAAUGGAUCAGUGUUGCCAGGCCGAGAAAAUCAUCUCACUAAAGGAUGCGGAUGAGUGUUCUUCCGCCUCAGACGAAGCUUCCGAACCGCAUGCGAAAAUUAUGUGUUCAGUCGAGUGUAAGCUAAAGUCACUUGGUGUGGUAAAAGAUGAUGAGAUCGUACAGGAAAAGGCAUUGGAGUUUGUGGAACGGUUGGAAGAUGGUUGGAAGGAAACAGCAAAGGACAUCGUUACCAAGUGCAUUGAUACGAUAACGACGAUGAAAAGUAAGAUGGAGGAACAUGGUCACGGUAUGAAAUGUUCACCAGUUAGUGGAUUUUUCAUCAUGUGUCUUAUGAAAAACACUUUCACCCAGUGUCCGGCUGAUAAGUGGCAGAACACAAGCUUCUGCAACAAAAUUAGGAAUGGUGAAUGUCGCCCAAACCGUGAUUAAAUAAGAGCAAAAGGUGCAAGGCUGAUGUAUAAACACGUAAACGAUUGUAUUCAAUUACAAUAAUGAUGAAGAAUGAAACUGAAAUAAAUGCAUCACAAAAUGUGAAAA